AUGCCAAACCCACCAAACACCAAUCUCCGCGCCUUCAAUCUAGCCUUCCUCCCCCAUCUCACAAUCCCAACGAUCACGCAUCUCCCUGAACAAGUCGGUCCCUCAAUCGCUGCAAACCUCAAUCUCCAACCGACAGAUGCAUCCAAAACCAAGGGACCCACGAUCCGUGCCCUCGUCCUCGACAAAGACAACACCCUCUGCCACCCUAAAACCACGACAUUCCCUCCGCAGAUCCUCGACAAGCUGCAUGCCCUCCGCACGUCACAUACCUCCCCCUUCAACCGCGAGCAGCAUCCGGACUCGAUCCUGAUCGUGUCUAACCGUGCGGGUUCGCAUCCGCGCUAUGAUGCGGAGGUGCGGGAGCUGGAAGAGCGCCUGUCGGGACUACGGAUUCCGGUGUUUCGGUUGCCGGAGGGCAGUGAAAAGAAGCCGUUCUGUGGAGACGAGGUGUUGGCGUGGUUCCGAGAGAGGGGGGUGGUGAAGGGCGCGGAUGAGAUUGCUGUCGUAGGGGACCGGUUGGGCACGGAUGUGUUGAUGGCGGCGCGCAUGGGGUCGUGGAGUGUUUGGUGUCGCGAUGGAGUCACCGAGGGCGUUGAUCCCAAGGACGUCAGGCCGGGGAUGAACCUUCUGGAGAAAAUGGAGGUUUGGGUGGAGAGGUAUUUGAGGGAGUCGAAAGGGCUGAAGGCUCCUCCACCAAGUGGCUGGGACCGUCAAUAG